UUGAGGAAUGAUCACAAAGACAAUUAGGAAUGAUGACAUAAAGAUAAAGACAGGAGCCCUACGUCUCAAUAAAUGAGGGAGGGAAAAAAAUCUUGUCACCCUUCUUACUGUGUUUCAAAUGUGAUUAAUAUGACAAGACUAAAAAUAGAGACAGAUGGCAAGUAAGUAUUUGUCAAAGCACAGUGAGACACUCCGACAAGUCUACAGAAGGUUACGUCUCAAAGCAAUAUUUACCCAAACUCCUCGACUGAGAUACUGUGUAUUCAUUAACUGAACUGAUGAGCACUGAAGGAGAAUGAGUGAUCUGUUGCUCUUUCACACCACUGAGAAGCUUAUCAAGAUAUCAGAACUUUACCAUACAAUAAUAAAACCUAGCAGGGUCCUUCUGCCACAGCAAAGACUGCUGAACUCUGCACCAGAGGAAAACAGGCGUAAGGUUGCAUAACUAAACUCUUUUUAAAAGUUUCCUGCCUCUAAAACCAUCUACAAACAGCUUUAAUCCUGUGUGGAACAUGUAUUUUUUGCACAAUAAGGGGCGCUUAGGGUUGCAAUCUUGAAGGUAAUAUCGAGAGUAUUAUGAAAGGUAGGGCAGGAAAUUAAUUUCUGCAUUCACAAACUACUUUCGAAUUCAGUCACCGACAUUGUACGACUACAAGCCAGAUGUGGUUUAUUUUACCGUUAAAUUAAUCAUCAUACAAAGGUUGCUUGCUGCCUAAAGGCUGACGUAUUUAUAAAUAAUAUCAGUAACCAAAAUGGACCAUGACUCUGGUUUUCAUUACUGUCGAGUCAUACCAAGAAGAACUCGGCGUAUUGCUCCAAUCACAAAGGAACCUUUGAACUGAGCAUGUGGUAGUUUAGACAGGAACAAGCAAACACUCUAUGGCUGUAAUAAAAAUGCAGGGAUUCAAAAUUAAGACACCACAUUGCCUGGAUGGAUUAAUAUGCUCUGUUCAGCCAACUGCAUUUCAUAUCUACUUUUUAAAUGCAGUAAUAAACACAGGCAGGGCUGCAACCAUACCUUUCAGGGCAUUUAAACUCUAAUCUGCAGUGAAAAUAAGAUGUGAAAGAGUCAAGUGGAAGUUUUAACAUCUUCUGUCAACAUCAACAAGGCAGGAUCAGGUGCAUCAAGUUUGGUGGAAGUCAUAACUGGAGCAUCAGAGCCAGUGAUCAAAGGCAGCUGAGUCUAAGCGCUGUGCUGAUUAUGGAUGACACGCAAAUAGAGUCAGUGCCUUUUGAAGACUUAGAAGAUGACAACGAUUCCUCAGACGACAACUCUUCAAAGUCAGGGAAAAAGUCAAAGCUCCCUCUGGUUACUUCUACGUGUGCAGAGACACCUCGUGAAACUGGGUUUCAUGAGAGUACCAGAAUCUGUCUGGAGCAGAUGAGAGAAGCCCUGCUUCAUCACAGAUGGCAGGAGGCAGCAGAAUAUAUGGCAUGUUACACACAAAUGUUGGAAGACCCAACCAAUGGCAGAGCUCAGCCGUGUAAGGAGCUUAUCUGGAGGAUCAGCGCUGAGAUCCUUCACCAUCACCCCAACUCAAAGCUAGAUGACUACAACAUCAUCUAUGAACGGAUGAAACACUCAGGAGUAAAACAUUACCUGAUGAUCUGUCUGGAACAUGUGUUCCACCUGCUGCUCAGUGGUCACAUUGAGGAUGCAAAGCGUCAGCUGUCUGCUGCAGAGAGUUGGAGGUACGGGAAGGAGUCAGCAGCUCAGUUACAGAGGACUAAACUGAUCCAAGCCUACAGGAGCUUACUGGAUUACAUCAUCUGGUGUGACAAAAAGUUUACACACUCCCGCACUGAGUAUUCCCACUCUGGUGACAACCAAGACACGCACAACUACUUCAGACAGGCCUCUGUGAAUCUAAAGGAGAUUCUGAAAAAUCCUGGCGUCUGGGAUCCCUUCAUACUGAGCUACGUCGAGAUGUUGGAGUUCUAUGAGGAUCACGAGGAGGCUUUGAAAGUCCUGAAUGAUUACGCAUAUGACAGCACUUUUCCACCCAAUCCCAACGCACAUGUCUAUCUGUACCAGUACUUAAAGCGGCAUGAUACUCCAGAGAAGAAACUGAUGAAAGUACUGAAGACCCUCCAUGUGUUAGUCCCAAGCCACGAGUUGAUGUUGGAGUAUACUUCUCUGCUGCUUCAGUCAGAGAAAAAAACUGACACCCAGAAAGCUUUAGAAGUCACUCUGGAGAUGCUGGACUUUGCCUGCUGGAGGAGCAACCUGGACGCGUGGAAGAGUUUAAAGGCCAUUAUUCAAAAACUACAGUCACAAGAAGACUGGAAGGACGUUGUCUCUGGAAAAAUGGCUGCGAGGAAAGACUGGUGGCCCGUGCUGCACUUCACAAGCUUCCACGCUAGUAAAGACUCUGAGGAGAACCCAGAGCUCAUGGAAGUGAAGGCAUCACUGAUGAAAAUUCUUUGCCCAGACCUAACGCUCAAGUACGCAGCUGGACAGGUGACCAAUGGAGAGUGAACCAGAGACAAGAACUCAAACAAACAAUUAAAAUGUGUCUUCGUGGUUCACAGUCAAGAACAGAGCAGGGAUGCUGUUGGAGAAACAAACUGAAAAACUCCGGCAAAGACGUCACCAUGAAGUUUAUUUUGACAAGAUUUCUUUUUUUGUGAUAAAAUAUUUCCAGCUCAAGGUUCACUGACACACAUACCUCCAUAUUUUUUUUUUAUUUAAACCUUGUUCCUGGAUACUGAAUUGUGCCAUUACUGAGGCACAAGCUACACUGCCCACUGUGUGGAGCUCUUGUCCUGUGUUUGUGCAGCGAGUAUCUGGAGGCUAUGUCCACCUAAUUCUGGCAGAAACUGAGUGUAGCUCUGAAUGUCAGUGUUCAUGUUGUGGUUUCUGUAAACAUUUUAAUGGGAGCAGAGUCUCGCACUGACCUCAGAUGACCUUUGACUGCUGCAUAGAGGGGCUUUAAGGUCACAAGUGUGUGUGUGUGUGUACAGCACUCAGCCUGAGGGAUAUUCUCUCUGUCAGGUCUUUUGUCAGGCCACAAUAACCAACACAGAGCUCUCAGCAACAUAAUGUGUGUAAGUUGAAGUAAGUGGGGCAGACCUCUGACAGGUGGUUGCUAGGUAAUGGCGUCGACAGGAAGCGGUUGAAUGUGAGAAGAUCAUAAUUGACCUGUGGUCAGCUUGUGUAUGUUGUAUUUUGCACGUAGUCAGUGUAUGCAGCGCUGUUGAUCUUGAUUUUCACAAAGCGGUUGAUACAGUUUGAUUUAAUCUGUAAAAAUAUUUGCAUGUUUCUAACGACAGGAUCGGGGCCUUCAAACGCUGUGCCUACUCUCCUUCAGACCGCACCAUGAAAUAAAGUCUAGCGUCCAGCAGCAGGCCAAUUUAAUAAGUGAAAGUGUUUGUAAUGAUUCUGUUUCGGCUUGCCACAAUGUUGGCCAUGCAGCAACUCAGUGAGCCGUACUGUAUGUGUGUGUGUGUAUGUGUGUGUGUUGCUUUGCAGUCAUUACAUAAACCAAAGCCCAAAGCACUUGCCCGACCACAGGAGCAGCUGCAGAAGGGAUCUGGGAAUACGUAACACAUGUCGUUAGAAAAUUCAAAACUCGGGGAGCAGUGAAGAGGAUGGGAGUUAGGAGCUGGUCACCGCUUUGGAUCGUGUCCUGGCGGUGACCUUUUUUGAAGCUUUGAAUUUUUUAAUCACCUACACAGAUGCUCACAGUCGAGGCAGUCGUUGUGCUGUUCUCACUGUCAUGGACUGGCUCUGUGGGGGGUUUGGGAUUUUUUUUUUCCCCCUCAAGGGCACCUUGACAGUUUAGAGCUAAUUUUUUUUUCCAGGGAGUCAAAAAUGGAGACUGUCCUGUCUCGGGCCCUGUUUCACUCUGACCCAGUGGCUCCCAACGUCUCUAUAAAGGGUAACAGCAUUUAAAUUAAGAAUUCCAGUAUGUUAUUUCCAUGGUCUAGGAAAGUUCAGUCAAUAUUUGUGAACAUCUCUCAAAACCAGAAACCAGAGAAUAUAGUCUCGAACAUGUGAUGUCAUCAAGUAUAGUCUGGAGCUGCUCCAUAGACAAUGAAUGGGAGCCUGAUUAUGAAGACCCACAGUGUUUGUUUUCCUUUUUGUAGCCAAAUGAGCUUUAUUCUGUUGUGGAGUUCUCAGCUCUGAAUCAGAAAGUGUACCCAUAUGGACCGAAUCACCAUGACGUCGUGCUAACAAUAACAAUCACUUGUGGGUAGCAACUGCAGUUGAUUUCAGUGGUAGAGAUAUGUGGAAUCUGUUGUCGCUUUCAGCCGUAACUGUAACAUUAUACAUGUGAUAUAUAGUUUAAAAAUAACAGCUUAAGCGUAUGCUAUUUAAGAAUAUUUGCUCUGCUGUACCUUACGUAUUAACCAAUCAAUCAUCAAACCUUUUUUAGGCAGCUAAAAACUAAUCAAUUGAGGCAACCUCUGCUCAGCGCUGUUUUAUUUUGUGUUUCGAGUGUUUUCUACUUGAAGUUGACUACUAUCUGUAUCUCAAAUUGCCCCUUGUGGACAAUUAAGUUUACAUUACCUUCCCUUACUAGUUGUAAAUAAACACUGUGAUCCUGGUCUAUACUUAGAUCAUUUUCCUAGGUGCUCUCAGAGCCUGUUCACACCUGGUGUUAACAUGCAUGUUGACUGGUCCGAUCACAAGUGGACAGUGCUA